AUGGAAGAGUGGGAAGAGUAUGAAGAAGAAGAUGAAGAAGAGGAGGAGAAAGAGGAAAGUGAAGAGGAAACAAGAGAAUACUAUUACACAUCUUCCAUACCAUUUCCCUUUUUAAAUGUCUCCUUGCCUACUUUGAGUCCUACCUUCUCCACCCCAUUCUCCAGCUCUCUUCUCUUUCAGGAAACCGAAGAAGAGAGGUGUGCUUCAGGAAUAAUGACUCCUCAGAAUGCUCAGAGCUCCUUUGCAGCUACAUUUCAAAGAAAUUUAGAUGAAGAAAUCAAUUACAUGGAGGAAGAGGAGAGUCCAAGCAUUAUUCAGUCUUCAAAAGACUCUCAAUCUUUGUUGAAUAGCCAACUAAAGGGAAAGAUGACUGAUUUGGUCUAUGCUAUGAUCUUCAAGUAUCAAGUGAAAGAAUCUAUCACACAAGUAGAAAUGUUAGAGAUUGUCAGCAAAGAAUACAAGAAACAAUUCCACAUGAUCUUUAUGGAUGCUUCUAAGUGCCUGUACAUGCUUUUUGGCAUUGAUAUAAAGGAAGACUAUGCCAUAAGAAACUCCUAUACCCUUGUCAAUUCACUGAACCUCACCUAUGAAGAAAAGCUGAGUGAAGAGCAAAGAAUGCCUAGAAAUGGCUUCCUGAUAGUUAUUCUGGUCUUGAUAUUCAUAGAAGGAAAUUGUGCUUCUGAAGAAAGUGUCUGGGAAUUCCUGAAUACAAUGGGAGUAUAUGAUGGGGAGGAACACCCCAUCUAUGGAGAGCCCAGGGCAUUUCUGACCAGAGAUUUGGUGCAACAAAAUUAUUUGGCAUAUCAGCAGGUGCCUAACAGUUAUCCUCCAUGCUUUGAGUUCUUGUGGGGUCCAAGAGCCCAUGCCGAAACAACCAAGAUGAAAGUUCUGGAAUUUUUGGCAAGGAUCAGUGAACGUGACCCACUUUCUUUUUUAUUUUUGUAUGAAGAGGCUUUAAGAGAUGAGGAAAAGAGGGCCUGUGCCAGAAGUAUCUGUCCAAAUAGAAGUCUAGUCACAUUGACUGCAGAACAUGCAUUUCCAGCUUGUACCCAGAGUGAUAGAUUUGUUUUUGGAUGUAUUCACUCUGAGCUUGAAAAGAUCAGUCAAAAUUCUAAGUAA